UGUCUCCUUCGGCAACAGCACUCUACUGCCGUCUCUCUCUCUCUUGUUAUCGUUUACCAGUGCUUGCAAAAUAAUGCACGCAUAGCUUACAUUAGCAUAUCGACUACACUGAUAACCUAUACCUAUGAUGCGAGAUCUUUUCAUAUUUCUCACGUUUUCUUCGUUCACUCGCCAACGUGUCAAUGGCGUACACUGCCUUAUGUAACACACCCAACCUUUUGAUUAAACUGGAGAAUUGGUUCCACUGAUUGCAUACGCGCAUUCUAUUGCAAAAGUGAGAUUAUAAACUUAGUCUAAACGAAAGGGUUAAUCAUAGACACCCUUUAUCGUAGCCCCCCUUCUUCGCACCCCACUUGGAAAGCCGCCUUCUUUUGCCGGGAGAGGAGGGCUCUGUUUCGGUCAGAUGGCGUGCUGCAAUCCGCCCCCGGGUCUCCCGCACCCACACAUACAGCAAAAAAGGUUGUUAUUAACAAUGCGAUUCGCCUAGGGAAGGCAGCAGCCAACGAAAAACGCAACAAUUGGACAGAUGGCUUUUUAAGAAUCAGAAAACACUGCGUACAGGGAAAAAAGGAGAAAAUAACGUAUUGUAAUAGUUUGUCGAAAGAACACUAAUUCAUCCGAGAACAUUAGCCUCGUAUUUCAAACUGUCGCAACAAAAGUUUUCCUAAGUUGUUUUUUCAUUUCCCGGACGUUACUACACCUGUCCUGCGUCGCGGUGGAGCCUGUAUAACGGACGCUAGUUGGAUAUUAACGGCCACAAAGAACUGAGAUGAUUUAUCAUUGAGUUCUGAUAUUUUCGUUAUCUCUCAGUUGCUAAUUAUAUUUUUUACCCGCCCGGUCUUCAAAGCCUACAAGGCACCAACGUGCACGCGUGUGGAAAUUGAACACGGUUCCAAGAACUCCAACAUACUUCAGCUCAAUUGGGUAUCUGCCACCACCAAGCUGUCGGACUCGGACGAGGGAACGAUGUCGCUGCCGCGGACGCUGGGGGAGCUGCAGCUGUACCGCGUGCUGCAGCGGGCCAACCUGCUGGCCUACUACGACACCUUCAUCCAGCAGGGCGGCGACGAUGUGCAGCAGCUGUGCGAGGCCGGUGAGGAGGAGUUCCUGGAGAUCAUGGCGCUGGUUGGCAUGGCGACCAAACCGCUGCACGUGCGGCGGCUGCAGAAGGCCCUACGGGACUGGGCUGCCAGCCCCGCCCUCUUCAACCAACCGCUGGCCAACCUCCCGAUGCACGGCGUUCCUCUGUUUAAGGUGGAGGCCCCUGGUGGGACAGCCAGCUCGGGGGCCAGGAAGUCCUUAAGCAACGGCCAUGCGGGGUCCCCGGGCGAGCGGGAGGAGCGGGCGUCCCUGACCCCCCUGCGGAGCAUCAGCCCCAAAAGCCCCUGCUCACAGACGUCGCCCCUGCCCCCCGACAGCCUGGACAGAGACAGGCUGUCCCCUGCAGAGCCUCACUGGCCCAAACCAGACCCGGACCCAGACGGCAGCAUGGUGUCUGGCACUCACGAGGGGCGGUGCAGCCCUGCCCCCUCUAGCCCCCCCGCCGCCUCGUCAUCACAGGCCUCAGCCUGGUCUGGGGGGCGGACGGACCCGGAGACGGCGCAGGUGGUGGGGGAGAGCGUGGAGAAGCUGCUCAGCACAGUGCCCAGGGGUGGCUCAGCAGAGGCCAAAUCUCUGCUCAAGCUGAACAAGAAGCUGGCCAAGACCUUGGGACACAUCUUUGACAUGGAUCCCCAGGACCCCUCCAAAGAGGAGGAGAUCCGCAAGUACAGCCUCAUUUAUGGACGCUUUGACUCCAAGAGGAGAGAGGGCAAGCAUCUCACGCACCAUGAGAUGAUUAUCAAUGAAGCAGCUGCCCAGUUUUGCAUCCACGACAACGCCCUGCUGUUGAGGCGGGUAGAGCUGUUCUCACUGGCCAGACAGGUGGCACGGGAGUGUGCCUACACCUCCACCCUCAAGAACAGCAGGCCAAAUGCGGACGAUAGCCCCCUGCCACCACAGAAGAAGAUCAAACAGGAGGAAACCAUGUCAGAGUGCGUUUCCUCAUACUCUGAGGGGUCAGUGACGGGGUCAGAAAGCGGCCACCAGGGGGCACUGAGGUCAGGGGUAGACGAGGAGAGUCUGUCAGGGGAGAGCCAGGAUGGAAUGACACCAGCAGAUGCGGUGUCACAGCCCAGCCAAUCGCCAUCACUGUGUCCCGCCCCCAACGCCUCUGCCCCGCCCACCUGGAAUCGGCACCUCAUGCAACAGACGCUCGUGGAUGAGGGGCUACGAUUGGCCAAGCUGGUGUCACAUGACCAAGCAGGAACCAUCAGCCCAGGGGCAGGUAUCCAAACUACGGAGCCAGAAAACUAAGCUGCUGAAAGCAGAGACCCCAUCGCCAUCUUCUCCAACCCGAAAGAGGAUUCCUACCGCGGUGGAAAAUGGGAAACCAUGCACCAGUUCUGACCUUUGAACUCGCCGCAAAUUUACUGCCCCCUUCCACCCAUAUGCUUCCAUACCCCUCACCUCUGUGGACGCUCAUCCAGCAAUAAACUCCAUUUUCACAGCAGCAUUUGCAUUGUACAUACCAACCUGCACCCAAAUGAGACACUAGUAAUGGCACUGCUCAAAGUUUCCUUAGUUGAUUUUUGGAUGUGGCUAAGCAGCCAAGCAGCCCUAGAAAUGCUAGUGUCCCUCCUUCACUCUCUUGUUCUCACUUGCAUAAUCGUGUACUCAUGCACUCAGUUGCUCACUCGUGGACUCCCUGUUUUGUUAACUUGCGAGGAGCUACCCAAAAUUAAUUGUUGUACUUUUUGUCAAUAGAUGGCAAAAGGGCAUAAACUAAAGCAAAAUUCUGUGGGCCCAGUCCCUAAGCAGUGAGCAGUAAUCUGGUGCUAUUUAUUCGCUCCUGUACUCUGUGUAGAAGCAGUUCCACUUUGUGGGGAGGCAGUCCUUACUGAGAAACAUAAUUAUGGAGAUUUGGGACUGGAAUGGGUCCAUAAUGUAGAUCAAAAUACUAAUCAGGUUUUAUAAACAGACUGACAUUUAAUCUCCUCCUUUCUUUUGACCUUUAGUGUACUGUUACCAUGCUACUUGUGCCAGUGAAAAUGUUGUACAUUGUGUCAGACUUGUAAUUUAAUUGUUAACUCCUGGCUCAGUUCAGACAGUCUAUUUUAUUAUGGUGCACAGUAUAUUUUAUGUGGUUAGUUAAAAAUAAAAAAUAUGAAUGACCUAAUUGUUUA